AUUCAAAAAAUGUUCUGCUGUGAGUCUACCCUUAAAAACUAAUCGAUUAAUAACUAAACUAUCGAUUAUUUCGAAAGACAAUAUUUUGAUAAGAAAGAGAAAUCUGUAAUAAAUUGUAAAUAAAAUUCUAAAGAUUAACAAGUUUGUUACAGUAAAUAAGUAACAUUAUUCUAGAAAAGACAAGACUUACAAAAGUAAAUAUGGGUUGCGACGGUGGAACUAUACCGCGCAGAGAUGAACUGGUACGCACUGCAAAAAAGCCAGAACAGAAAGAUAAAGAUGCGGAACGUGAGUUUCGCUGGUUGCAUUGCGCCCUUACUCAAGAACGCCUACAAGAGCCAAUUGUAAUGUGUGGUUUUGGACGUUUGUACUCCAAACAAAGCAUCAUUGAACAGCUGUUGGAAAAGGAUAAGAAGGCCGAGUCUAUCAAACAUAUUCGUUCUCUAAAAGAUAUCAAAACACUUAAGCUAACACCUAAUCCGUCAUUCACAGAAGAAGAUAAGACAGAAGGUUUAUUAGAUACACGCCAUGCUCCAUACAUAUGCAAGUUAAUAGGUCUUGAAAUGUCGGGAAAGUUUCGAUUUGUAGGUUUAUGGUCUUGUGGAUGUGUAAUAUCGGAGCGUGCUAUUAAGCAAAUCAAACGUAAUGACAGUGGCGGUAGUACAUGUCCUCUCUGUUUGGAACCUUUCAGUGUUGAAGAUGUUGUUGUGCUUAAUGGAUCCGAAGAGGACAUGGAAUUAAUGCAAGCGAAAAUGGAAAUACGUUAUGUAAAACGUAAGGCCGGUAAAAAAGAUAAAAAGGACCAAAAGGUUUCGGAUACAAAAAAGUCGGAAAAAUUUUCGAAAUCUGAUGGCGAAGAAAGAAAACAAAAUUCUAAAAUAGCUGAGAAGUUAGAAAAAAGAGAAAAAGAAGACGACAAUACUCCAUCUACAAGCAAAUCUUCAACGAUUGCAUCAAGUAAGCAGAACGCACACUUAAAACGUUCUGUUGCUGCAGAAGAUGCAUUGGAAGAUCCGGAAUUAAAGCGUUUAAAGAAUAACUAUAGUGUUGCAAAAGACCCAAAAGCCAGCGAUGUAUAUAAAUCAUUGUUUACUACACAUAAAAGCGAAAAAGAACAAUCACGAGCGCAUUGGGUCACAUACAAUCCAUUCUACAAUUAGUUGGUAAAAUCGAAAUCCUGCAGCAGCAUAUAUAUAUACAAGAAACUAAUAAAUUGUGUAUAUACUUAACAACUUUUGUAUUUUAUUUUUUCAAACCAUGCUAAGUUUACAACUAAAUAUUAUAAAAAUAUAAGCAAUACUGAAUAAGUACAGGUAAAAAAUGUCAGCGGGGGUCAUACGUGUAAUCUUAUAUUGAAAAUAUGACACUAAAGUAUUUACGUAAAUUAUAUAAUGCAUGGACGAUGGACUAAACGUUGCUUUGCGUUUUUCUAUAUUAUAAUAUUGACAAGAUUUUGGUUUAAAUAAAGGAAUA